UUUAAAACUCCCAGGAGGCUUAGACAGAAAGACUGGAUUGCACAGAAGACAGGCAGAGAAAGAAACUAUAGUGCAGUGUACAUCACUUCUGAAAGCUGAGUGUUUUCUAAACCAGGUACUUCUCAACCCUGGUUUCUUCUUUUGACAGUAAUUUACUCAGGAGCCACGUAGGCUUGUUUGACUGCUGGGAAGAUAUAAGGCAGUUUACCCCAAAAGAGCAAAUAUCUCGGGUCGAAUCCAGCUUUAUUCAUGAAAGGUGUGCAUACACAUGCAUGUGUUCACAGUCCUGUAAAUCCUUUUUGGCACAGCAGAAACAGGGCCUAUGACAAUCAGUAAGAGCAGUUCCACCCAGUAUACAACGAAAAGGGCGGCGGCGGCGGCGGCGCUGCUGGACAGCUCCGGAGCGCGACGCUGCGCCCAUGUUCCGGAGACGGCGCAGAUGUGACGUGAUGCCCGUUGUUUUGGUGCGCCCGACCAAUCGGACGCGGCGGCUGGAUUCUACGGGAGCCGGGAUGGGCCCGUCGUGGCGGCAGCAGGACGCUCCCCUGCCGACCGUCACGCAUUGCGCAGGGUGCACCACCGCCCGGUCCUCCUGCGGCUUUAACGGCCCCGGCAUGGACCCGCCGCGCCACUUCCCGGCGGGCUUCGGCCCCGAGCAGCAGCAGCAGCAGCAGCAGCAGCAGCUGCAGCAACAGCAGCGCCCGCCGGCGCCACCGCACUGCCAGCAGCACGGCCAGGACAAGCAGAGCCUCCAGCAGCAGCAGCAGCAGCAGAGCCCGUGUUUCCAGUGCAACAACUGCGCCUACUACGGGGCUGCUGCGGCAGCCGCCGGGGAUAACCUGCCUCUGCUGCUCCGCGCCUCCUCGCCGCUUUCGGGCGCCUUUCGGACGCACUCCUCGCCGCUGUCUUCCGCCGCCUCCUCCCGGCACGGCAGCCAGCUGAACGUCAGCGAGUUCACCCCGUCCAGCCAUGCUGGUGCGUCUAGACAGCCUCACCAAUAUUCCCAGUACCACCAGUGCCAUAGCCUACAGCAGCAGCAGGCAGCCAGCCCCAGCAGCAGUGUCAGCAGCAGCAGCACUCACCAUCAUCAUCACCAUCACCAUCACCACCACCAUCACCAGCAGCAGCAGCGCCGGGAGAGCAACCCCUUCACCGAAAUAGCCAUGAGCAGCUGCAGGUACAACGGCGGCGUCAUGCGGCCGCUCAGCAACCUGAGCUCGUCCCGCAGGAACCUGCACGACCUGGACUCCGAGUCGCAGCCGCUCCAGGCGCCGCUCGCCAGCCCCACCGCCGCCGCCAGCGGCUCUGUCCCCGCCGCCGGCAGCCCCGCCGCCCCGGAGAUCGUGGUCUCCAAGCCCGAACACAACAACUCCAACAACCUGGCGCUGUACAGCUCCUCCGGCCCCGGCCCCGGCACGAGCAGCACCAACAACGGCGGGGGCAAGUCCAGCAAGAAGAAGAACCAGAACAUCGGCUACAAGCUGGGACACCGCCGGGCUCUCUUCGAGAAGCGCAAGCGCCUCAGCGACUACGCGCUCAUCUUCGGCAUGUUCGGCAUCGUCGUCAUGGUCAUCGAGACCGAACUCUCCUGGGGCGCCUAUACCAAGGAGUCUCUGUAUUCCCUCGCUCUGAAAUGCCUUAUUAGCCUCUCCACGAUUAUCCUGCUCGGGCUCAUCAUCGUGUACCACGCAAGAGAAAUCCAGUUGUUCAUGGUGGACAAUGGAGCAGAUGACUGGAGAAUAGCCAUGACUUAUGAGCGUAUUUUCUUUAUCUGCUUGGAAAUACUGGUGUGUGCUAUACAUCCCAUACCUGGGAAUUACACAUUCACAUGGACAGCCCGGCUCGCCUUUUCUUACGCUCCAUCCACAACAACAGCUGAUGUGGAUAUUAUUUUAUCUAUACCAAUGUUCUUAAGACUAUAUCUUAUUGCCAGAGUUAUGCUUUUGCAUAGCAAACUUUUCACUGAUGCCUCAUCUAGAAGCAUUGGAGCAUUAAAUAAGAUAAACUUCAAUACCCGUUUUGUUAUGAAGACUCUAAUGACAAUAUGUCCAGGAACUGUACUGUUGGUUUUUAGUAUCUCAUUAUGGAUAAUUGCUGCAUGGACUGUCCGAGCUUGUGAAAGGUGGGCAACACAUCUGUCUCCAAAUGUGACACUGCAGAGAUACCAUGACCAACAGGAUGUUACUAGCAACUUCCUUGGAGCAAUGUGGUUGAUUUCAAUAACUUUUCUAUCCAUUGGAUAUGGGGAUAUGGUACCAAAUACAUACUGUGGAAAAGGGGUCUGUUUACUUACUGGAAUCAUGGGUGCUGGGUGCACUGCACUGGUGGUAGCUGUGGUGGCAAGGAAAUUAGAACUUACCAAAGCUGAAAAACAUGUGCAUAAUUUCAUGAUGGACACCCAGCUAACUAAAAGAGUGAAAAAUGCAGCGGCCAAUGUACUCAGGGAAACAUGGUUAAUUUAUAAAAACACAAAGCUGGUUAAAAAAAUAGACCAUGCAAAAGUAAGGAAACAUCAACGCAAAUUCUUGCAAGCUAUUCAUCAAUUAAGAAGUGUAAAAAUGGAACAAAGGAAACUGAAUGAUCAAGCCAACACUUUGGUGGACCUGGCAAAGACUCAAAACAUCAUGUAUGACAUGAUUUCUGACUUAAAUGAAAGAAGUGAAGAUUUUGAGAAGAGAAUUGUUACUCUGGAAACUAAACUGGAAACUUUAAUCGGUAGCAUUCAAGCUCUUCCUGGACUGAUUAGCCAGACAAUCAGCCAGCAACAGAGGGAAUUCCUCGAGGCUCAGAUACAAAAUUACGAUAAGCAUGUUGCCUACAGUGCUGAACGGUCACGAUCUUUGUCAAGAAGAAGGAGAUCCUCCUCCACAGCACCACCAACUUCAUCAGAGAGUAGCUAGAAGAGAAUAAAUUAACCGCAAAAUAAAGACUCUUUGCCAUCAUAUGGUCAAUAUUUUAGCUUUUAUUGUAAAGCCCUAUGGUUCUAGCCAGCGUUAUCUGGGUUCUGAUGUCAGAAUCCUGGAAACCUGAACACAUUUUAGGCCAAAAUGAGUGAAAACUCUUCUUUUUUUCCCCCCUUCUCCUCUCAGAUGCACAGUGAAUGCACCUAGUAUUGCUAUAUUAGAUUGUUCUUCCUGUAAUUUCACUUUUUAUUCAUGCACUUCAAACAAGCUUUACUACUACAAUACAUAAUCUAAUAUAAUAAAAAUGUUAAUUUCUGCACAGUUACUUGAUUACUUUGACCUAACAACAAAAAAACAAAAGGAUCACAAUCAAAAGACCUAAUUAUGAACUUUUAAGAAACUAAAUUGAAGCUUAAUAAUUAUUUCUCAAUAUGAAAGCUAGCUGUCUAAACUUUGCUUGCAGUGGAGGGGGGAAAAAACCAAUAUUAAUCUAACAGUGUGCUGUAUAUGUAUUGUCAUUUUAAAAGGUCACUGACAGCUUUGAUUUCUGAAGUGGUUAAUUAAAAAUAUAGUUUAUCUUAGAAAAUAAGAUUUGGAGUAAGCUAUGGGUUUUUAAAAUAUUAUUAGGACUUUUGUUUAACAUGCAUUGGUACAUACACACACACAUAGAUAAUAUAUAUAUACAUAUGUAUUUAUGUAUAUAAAAUUAUUUAUGCAAUGCCCAUAGCAAUGAUCUUUAAAACUGACUAUUUAUAAAGCUACUGGCAUGCUAAAAGCACAGGCAAAGUCCUGUUUACGUAUUCAUAACAAUGCCAGGUAAGUUUGUCCAGAUCAAAAGCAUCACUUUCACCCAGAAGUCUCCUAAUAAUGCUCUUUGGGUUUUGAAAGUGUUAGGUUGCUACUUUCUCCACUUCUUUAUUUGUGUUUCUGGAGUGAAUGACUGACACCCAGACUUACAGUAUACACGGUUGUGUGAUGGCAGCACAGUGUUCUGUAUACAUUAUAUUUGGGCUAUCCCCAUGGUUCCUGCUAUGCAGUCAAGCUUAGCAAAACACUUCUAGCAAUAUUUCCAAAUUCUCCUGUAAAAAGUCAGUUGUAGACUGGAGUUACAACAGUAGGGUAUCUAUAGUAUUUUAUUUUCAUGCAUAAAAAUAAGGUCUCCUACUUUAUUAAAGAAAAAAAAAAGAAGAAAAAAAGAAAAAAAAAAGAAAAAAGAAAAAAAAAACCUCAAACAAAUAACAAAGCAUAGCCACCGGUAAGCACUGGUGAAAAGGUUUUGACUGACAUUUCUCCUGGUUUAUGCUCCAGAGUAGCAAAACUAGGUAACUUUAAAUGCUCAGUACAUGCAACUUGCAUUCACAAUUUCUAGUUACAAACAGGAAAUUAUUUGACUUUAUGAGAAUUUUUUUUAGUAUUUGCUAUUUAUGAAAUAUGCCAGUCCAGUCUAACUCUCCCCCAGUUGACAGGCAAGAGUGACAUCUGUAGCUAAACAAGUAGACAUGGCUGUCUGUUUCUAAGUACUACUUUAUCUGCUUAGAGGUAACCAACUUGGUUGUUGAAGGAAAUGCACAUUGCUCCAUGAAACACUGUGACUUCUGGUCAGCAAGGACAGGCAGGAAAGAGUAAUGCAGAAAGUAAGGGCGUAGCCCUUCUGGGCAAGACAGAAGAGCUGUUCUUUCCAGAAACCAGAAUUCCCCAAACCAAAUACAUAAUCUGAAAAACAGCAGACACUUUAGGCCUAUUCAAAUUAAAGGAUCUUCUUUUUCUGGUGUUACGAAUGUAUAAAUGAUGAAUGUAUAAGUGACAUCCAGAGGUAUUGCAUGCUUAUUAAAAGGCCAAGAUUUCUCCAACUUUUUGUGUCCUUAAGAUGAUGACUUUGCAGUAUUUUUCCCCCUAGAGCAGGACAGUUGCAUGCCUUUGGCGUGCCUUAUUUACAGACUGUGAUAUUUUGUGACUGGAAAUAACAAGCAGUAUGCAUAGCAUUUGCAGAUCUGCUUUUGUUUUUAUGGAGUUAAUUUCCAAAGGAAAAGAGGGAUAUUAUAUAGUCCUAAUACUUUUCUAGUGCAGUCCUUAACUAGUCAAGUCAAGUUUAGAAUUAUUUUUUUCUUCUUUUUUUGCAUUUAGUUUAGAAUACUUUUCUUGACAUUGAAUGUGAAAUACACUUUCUGUAGCUUGAAUACAUUCCUUUUCCUCCUGUCAGCUUGAACUAGCUCUUUCAUUGUUUACAUCUUUUUAAUAUAUGUAUAACACCCAUUUUUUGCACAACUGGGUUUUUAAAGAACUGUAGCUCCACUUUGAAAAUCUUGUCAAUCUGUCAGUUUUUAUUAAGAUCCAGCUAUAAGUACUGAGCUGGCUAUUUCUGUUGUGAAAGAGCAGCUGUCAAUUUUUGACCUUUCAAUUUCUUUUACUCAGUAGGACUCAGAAGUCUGAACUUAAUAUUAUUGCCACAGCUGUAUGCAAUGGUGAGAUGCAUCAGGAUUAUUUCCAUUAGUAGCAUUCUGUUACAACCUGCCAAAUUACAUUGGAUUUCUUUCUUUCUUUUUAAAGCAAAAAAACCCAAAUGAUGUCACCAUGUAAUACUGCAGUUCUACUUCUUAAUUUACCUUCAAGCUCACUACAGAUACUUUAUCUGCAUUUUCAGCACAUAUGAUUUUUUUCUUGUAAUAUCUAAUUUCAGCACUAAUGUGCUGCAUGGGGAUAUACUACAUGAAAGGACAGAUAUAAACUUUUAUUCAGGAGAGCACAAAGCACUCUUGGUUUGAUUUUCUUACUCCGGACACUAAACUCCUUUUAGUCUUCCCUUGUCUGACUUUUGUAGUACCACAAAUUCCAUUACUGACUUUUUAGUUCUGAAAUUUGAGCUCUAUCAUUGUCAACAUAUAUGAUCACCAAAAUGAAAACAUGGUGUUAUGACAGAACUCAUACGAUGCACCUCUGUCAAAUAUUAUGAUGGAGGUCACUGAAACUGUAUAUUUAAAUGUAGACUUUUUUUGGAAACAUUGUUUACAAAUAACAAGGAGUCUUUACCAUAUUUACCAUAUUACAAUUGUAAAGCUUCAUGCACCUCUUGCCUUAGUUUCACCAGUAAGAAAAUUCUGCUUUCUGUUGCUAUUAAAUUUCUCUUUUUCACUGCAUUCCAGACACUGAUUCCAUUAUCAGUUUCUUGGGAGUCUUGUUGCUAGUCUGCAUUUUUAAAGACACCUGGCAAAGAUACCUUGCUCGGAAGGACUGAAAUGUAAGAUGACAAAUAGACCUGUUCACUAUGCUUAAAAUUACAUGCAUUGAUUUAAAUAGUACUUUUUACUUACAUUUAGGUUUCUGCAGAAUCAGAAUGAUUCAUUCAUAUGUUUUAUGCUUGCAAAUGCUCUGCAAUUCUUGAUUCUGUAAAUCAUUAUGUAUUUUAAGCCUGUGGAUCUUUCCAGACAGACUUAUGCAACUCAGCUUUUCUUUACCUCCUGCUGCUCCAUAAGGAUGCACCUAAUAUGGAAAGAGAUUUGCUAUCUAAAAGUUUGGCAUCCAGUGUAGGAGCUCUGAAUGCCUUCUGGAGGUCCAUACCUUGCGAGCUAUUUCAAAACUAUGGCUCCCCAGACUGAGUUGGAAUCACUGUCAUCAUUACAGCAAAGAUAAGUGAUAAGCAUACUGUUUUGCAAAUUGUAAGACUCUUUCCAUGUCAGAUCAUAUGUAAACAUUCAAGUUGAUAUGCCACACAUAAAGAGCAUACCUAAGCAUAAAAGAAUAAAAGGUGUUCAAUGUGUCUAAAAUUCAGAAUAAAAUCUGUAACUCGUAUCAAUACUAAAAAUUAAAAUUGUUUGAAAACUC